AUGCUACCUGCUCAGGUUGCCAGCUUGCUGAGCGCUCAAUGGCCCUGUCGGGAGGUCCAGAGCCGGCAGCUAGCCAGUCUUCUAAGUCCUUACACACCUAGCUCAUCUGCAUUGGUGAUCAAUGGCAUCUCUGCAACCUGCAAAUCCACUAUUCUCCGCGCCGUCCUAUCCGCCAUCAAAGUGUCACAUGCAUUUGUCCGCAGCUCGGAAUGCAUUACCGGCCGGCAUCUCCUCACAAAGAUCCUGUGGAACACUCUUGAAGCACUUGGCUUGAAAGAAGAAUGGGAAAAAGCUGGCAAAGGACGAUGCGAACAUGUCAGUGGCUUGUCUGUCCUCCUUGAGGAGUGCCUGCACCAGCCCCAUGGAAAGGGUCCCAAAUUCGUCUUGGUCUUGGAUGAGAUCGAUAGGCAGAGGGAGGCAUCACCUACACUUUUGUCGGCAUUGGCACGACUAGGCGAGAUUAUUCCAUCUCUCACUGUGGUGAUGGUUCUAAGCUCAACUCCCCGUCCUCUGUUCCUCCAAAGCGCAGGAAUUCCGCACAUCAGUUUCCCUCCGUACACGCGAAAAGAGGCCAUUGAGAUCAUCCUUAGUUCAAAUCCUCCAGCUGUUGAAGGCUUAUCUGAUGAAACUGUGGCACAUAUUUACCCAUACUUUGUGUCAACCGUUUAUGACUCGCUGGUUGGACCAACUGCAGGAUCAAUCCCAAAUUUCCGCUCAAUAGUCGAGAGACUGUGGCCGCAGUUCAUUGCACCCGUCUUGAAUGGCGAGGCCGCGCCAGGAGAUACAGGGGAAUGGGACUUUUCUCGCCUCCUGGUCAAAAACAGAUCCAUUUUCAGGCACCAGGGUGAGUCUGCACUUGUGCACCGUAUUGUUCCUGACGAGACAGUGUCUGGCAUUACCAGGGCCCCUCUGGCAAAGACGGUCAUGCCCUCCGCACUUCCCUCUCUGCCAUACUUCUCGACAUUGAUUCUCACAUCCGCAUACCUGGCUUCACACACACCGCAGCGGCUUGAUACGAUCUUCUUCUCAAAGUUCUCUUCAUCGUCUCUUUCAGCACGUAACAAGCGAGCCCACCACCGUCGUCGUUUGAAGGUUCUCUCCCAGGCACAGGCCGAAGAGAGACAAGCCGCAAAUGAUGAUCUGGCAAAACCAAGGAGAGGCAAAGGCAAGCGAACCAAGACUCGCAUUACAAAGUCAACCCUCUCCUCCGCUUUUGCAACAUCCUCCGCCACAACAUCAGCUGUUGGAGGCGGCGGAGGCAUCACUGGUCCUUCAACCAUUCUCACAGCCCGUUCGUUCCCACUCGAACGUCUACUGGCAAUCUAUCACGCCAUUGAUCCCAAUCCACCUGCGACUGCAGUCCGUGUCGCGGCAGUUGCGGAUCGAAUUUACGCUGAACUAGCAACCCUGCGUCGCCUACGUCUGGUUGUCCCUGCUGCAAGCCAUAAUGGAAUGGCGAGUAGUAGUGGAAACACCAGUGCAGAUGCAGGAGACAAAUGGUGUGUCAAUGUCUCUGGUGAUUGGGUCGGGGAAUUGGCCAAGGGCAUCGGGGUUGAGGUUGGUGAAUGGUUAGCUGGUGGCCUGGAUUAG